AGCACACAUCGCAUUACUAUUCCAUGAAUUCAAAUACCGAAACUCCAUCAGCUCCAUCUGGCGUCAAUUGCCAUAUUUGUUCAAAGAUGGCAAUGCGAAAAGGGGUAGCGAAACACUAUCAAGAACCAGUCCGACAUUGCAUGUUGUGCAAUAAAAUGUUUUGCGAUUCCCACAAGAGCCCCUCUCAACCGACCGAUGGAGACGGAGGUGAAGGAGUAUGUGAAAUCAACCACUCAACCUAUUAUAGGAAGCGUCCGAAUAAGCCUGAUGUGUACAUGUCGUUGGAGCAACGGGCACGCGUUUUGGGGGGAGCAAGGCAGUAGCUAAAAUGAUGAUGUGUCUUUUAUGGGCGG